AUGGUUGAAAGACAAUUCAACAGAAAAGUGCAAACUUUUCGGAGUGAUAAUGGGACUGAGUUCACAAGUCUCACAAAUUACUUUCUCCAACAUGGUAUUCUCCAUAAGACUUCUUGCGUGGGAACUCCACAGCAAAACGGAAGAGCAGAACGCAAGCAUCGCCAUAUUCUCAACGUUGCCCGAGCUUUGCGUUUUCAAUCAAAUUUACCGAUUGAAUUCUGGGGAGAGUGCAUUCUCACCGCAGGAUACUUGAUGAACAGAACACCGAGUGCAGUGCUUCAAGGGAAAACACCAUUUGAGAUGCUGUAUCAAAAAGUUCCAGAUUAUACACAUCUACGGGUUUUUGGGAGUUUAUGUUACUCUCAUAAUCAAGCACACAAAGGAGAUAAAUUUGCCUCGAGAAGUCGCAAAUGUGUGUUUAUAGGCUAUCCAUACGGGAAAAAGGGGUGGCGUUUGUUUGAUUUGGAGAAACAAGAGUUCUUUGUCUCUCGGGAUGUCGUCUUCUUCGAAAAUCAAUUUCCCUUUUCCGAUGAACCACAGAACAUCACGACAACAAUCAGUAAUGAGGAAGGAGUUCUUUGGGCUCCAAUUAGUACAGGCCCGUUUGUAGAAGAAGAAAACAGGCCCAACAACUCAUUGUCUCCAUUGGUCAGCCCAAUAGAAACUCCAAUCGAAGAAAACAUUAUGUCGACUCCGUCGUCUCCUUCUCCAACUCCUCUUCAUGAUAACUCUGCACAGUUGUCGCCUGAUUCACCUCCGGCAACCGAUUCCUCACCAUCUCCAUCUCCGACAUUAACUUUGGAUCCGCCGUCUCCAUCUCCCGUUCCUCCUCCUCCAGCGGAAUUACUUGGUCGUGGACAAAGACGGAAAACUCAAUCUGUCACAUUGCGAAAUUAUGUGACUAACAAUGCUCAGACCCAACUUCUCGACAAAUCAGGUGCUAAAACUCUUUACCCAAUCGCGAAUUACGUCUCUUCUGGUAGGUUUUCGGUUUCCCAUCGUGCUUACCUUGCUGCAAUUGUUGAGAAUGUUGAACCGAGAUCUUUUAAGUUGGCUUUUUCGAAUAUACGAUGGAGGCACGCGAUGCGUGUCGAGGUAGACGCGCUGGAAGAAAACCAAACUUGGACCCUAGAGGAGUUACCACCUGGAAAACGAGCCAUUGGAAGCAAAUGGGUCUAUAAAAUCAAGUACAAUUCUGAUGGUACUAUCGAAUGCUACAAAGCCCGAUUAGUGGCGUUGGGUAAUCGACAAAUCGCAGGAGAGGAUUAUUGUGAAACAUUUGCACCGGUUGCAAAGAUGGGUACUGUGAGAUUGUUUCUAAAGGUUGCGGCUGGAAACAAUUGGCCAGUUUAUCAGAUGGAUGUUCACAACGCUUUCUUGCACGGUGAUCUCCAAGAGGAGGUCUACAUGAAGCCACCUCCUGGUUUCUUUCCAGAGGGAGACACUAGAGUCUGUCGUCUGCGUAAAUCGAUAUAUGGGCUCAAGCAAGCUUCUAGGUGCUGGUUUGCAAAGCUCACCACUUCACUUCGAGAAUACGGGUUUCAGCAAACUCAUGCUGACUACUCACUGUUCACGUUUGACAGAAACGGAAUCAAGAUCAGAAUGCUCAUUUAUGUUGAUGACAUGAUUUUGACGGGAAACAAUGAAAAGGCGUUGCAGGAUUUUAAAACCUAUCUCUCCUCUUGUUUCAAGAUGAAGGAUCUUGGACAUUUGAAAUACUUUCUGGGCAUUGAGGUUGCAAGGAAUACAUCAGGAUUCUACUUGAGCCAACGCAAAUACGCUUUGGACAUCAUUGCUGAAACAGGGCUCCUUGCUGCCAAACCAGCGCCAUUUCCAUUAGAGGAGAAUCCAACUUGGCUCUCUCGACUUCCCUCCUCCUUUCCGAUCCAGCACCGUAUGUCGCUUAGUGGGACGUUUCAUCUAUUUGGCUGCUACACGACCUGA